AUAUCGAGAAAAGCGAAAAAUGGAAUGGUAAAGAAUUGAGCGUAGAUUUCCUAGAAGAAGGCUUUUUUUACCGAUUUUGACACCUGCUUAGCAUAUUGCAAUUUUCUCAAAGAAAAUUUCGUCAAAUCAAAAAAAAUAAGGUCAUGUUCGUAAUCAUCAGCAAAAACUGAAUCUAAUGAUGUACAUUUAAGCAAAAAAUGAAGAGUGUUCAAAUUUUGAAUUAGCCGCAUCUUAUGUAUAUGAUUGGUUAAUCGGUUUACAGCAUUCAAAAUGCAAUACUGAUUCAUGAUAUGAAAUUUAUUAUUUCAGAAAUCAAUUGAAAAAUAUUAAAUUGCUCCGCCUCUUGUAACUGGUAUAUCACCUCGAGUAGGUUGUCCUGGUAUAAAAAUAACUAUUCGAGGUGAAAACCUAGGUCUUGAUGAAAAAGAUUUUAUUGGUUUAAAAAUAUGUGGUGAUGAUUGUCGAGCAACAGCUUCCUGGGUUAGCCCAAAUAAAAUAAUUGCUUAUGCUGGUAAUAGUCAAGGUAACGGUGAUGUUAUUGUUACAACAAAAAGUGGAGGAACUGGCACAUGCUCAGUUAGAUUUUAUGGACGUGUUGAACAAGCAGGACAAUUUGAAGAAGUAGCUGUAUGGAUUGAAGAAGAUGCAGUAGCUUUAUUUGGUUUAAAUACCUCAAAAGCACCAGCUUUAUUACCUAGUUGUAGUGAUGUACUCAAUGUAUCAGCAGGUGAUAGUUCAAAUGCAACUCCAAUUGAAGAACUUUACGAAAUGUUUCCAACAAGUAGUACCGAUAUAACUCAACCAAAUUUCAAUCCAUAUUAUUAUUUACUUGCUCAUAAAUCGAAUGCUAAUUUUGAUGAAUUACGUACAAAUUUCGAUUAUCUUCAUCGAACACAAUCUGAUAAUAAAGAUGCAUUAAUAACAUUUGUUAAAAAUAAUAUCGCAUCAUUUAUGGAAGCUGUUGAUAUAAUGAAAGAAAUUUCUCGUAUAGCUCAUUCCAUGUAUGAUACUGAUUUAGCACGAAAAGAAUAUUCAGAUAAAAUUUGUAAUGCAUUAAAUGUUAUACAAAGAUAUCAAUUUCUAUUUCAUUUACCACAAACAAUUGAACGAAGUGUCAAACGAGAAGAAUAUGAAAAAGUAAUAAAUGAUCUUGUACGAGCUCGUACAGCAUUUGAAAAAGUUAAUUCAAGGGUAUUUCGAAAUAUUCAACAAGAAAUUGAACAACAAAUUCAAAAUUUACGUAUUUUAUUUCGACAACGUCUUACAGAAUUUCCAUCAUCUAUUGAUAAUCAACAAUUAUUUAUUCGAUAUUUAUAUUCACUUGAUCCAAGAGUUGAUUCAGUAUGGGAUUGUAUAAUUCAUCAAAAAGCAGCACUCAUUCAUGUUUUACAUUCAUGUGUUGUACAUCACAGGACACAACAACAACAACAGCCAUAUAAUAUAAGAGGUCAUGAUCAAGCAUGUCAUGUACUUGCAACAGCUUUUUCUCAUUUAUGGCAUUUAAUACAAUUAUAUUUAAGAAAAAGACUUUAUCCAUUAUCUGAAAGAUCGGAAGAAAUCGAUCGAACGUAUACACAUAAAGCAUCAGAAUUUCUAACUUUAACAAAAGAAAUUAUUCAAACAUUCAUAAGUAUUAUUCGUCUUAAUUUAUUAAAUCGUUCAUCACCAACAUCUAAUUCGACAUCAUCACAAGAAGAUAAUUUAUAUGUAAAUCAUGACGAAAUUGAUCAACGUUUUAAAACCUUACCACAUUGUGUACAAAAUUGUCGUUUAUGUGUAUUACAUCUUGUUUCACUUGAUAUUCAACCUGAUUUUAAAAAAGAUCUACAACAACUUAUGUUUGAUUUACGUUUAGAAUGUUUUCAAGUUAUUAUAGAUUAUGCUUGUUUAGAAGUAUCUCGAUUAAAUACACAAGAAACAUGGGAAUUAGAAUAUGAUGAACAACUUGGUUUUCAUACAAAAUUACCAAAUUUAUUUUAUGAUAUCAUUGUACAAAAAGCCAAUAUAAUAGAUGAAAAUUUUUUUGAAGAUAAGGAAGCAAAAAGACAAGCAGAUAGAGCUGUAUGCCGUUUAUUAAAUGAUUUUGCAUCGGUAUUUAAAUGUUUAAUUAAAGAUUGUUCAUCAACAACAUCAAAUUCAAUGGAAACAUUAUCAACCUCAACGAUAAUAAUAACAUCAUCUGAACAUUUAUCUAAAACUCUUCGUUUAAUUAUAAUAUUAAACAAUUUUUCAUAUACACGUCGUUUUAUUGUUCCACGCUUGAAAAAGAUUUUGCUUAAUUAUGGUUUUCAUGAUAUGGAUCAUGUUUAUGAUAAAAUUGAAAUAAUCUAUAAACGUGACGUUGAACAAUUAUUAGAUAUCGUCAAAAAUGAAUAUUUUCGUCCAUUUUUACAUCGUUUAGAAUCUCGUAUGUAUGCCGGAAGAUUUGAUUGGGCAACACAUACACGUGUUAUAUCUGUUAAAGAUUAUGUUAAACAUAUAAUACUUGAUUUAGCUCGUGUACAUGCUGAAGUUUAUUCAAUAAGUAGUCCAUUAGUAUUUAUUGUUUUAUCACGUAUAUUAUCAACAUUAGUUAAUGAAUUAUCGAAAUUAUAUUCUAAGAUAAAUCAAUUUAGUAAUGCUGGUGGUAUGCAAGCAUGUUUAGAUUUAAAUGCUUUACAAAAAUCUUUUGAACGUUGUAUGGACAGUGAUACAUCAAAUAAAUUAAAAGAAAUUAUAUCAAAAAUUCCCGAUGCUGCUGAACAUAUUGAAUCAAACGGUUUAACAGAUAUGUUAAAUAUUUUUUUAAAACAAAUGAAACGAUAUUUAAUUUCUUUUCAAGAUGUUCAACAACAACACACUGAAUAA